AUGGGAAGGGGUAAGAUAGAGAUCAAGAGGAUCGAGAACUCAAGCAACAGGCAAGUCACCUACUCAAAGAGAAAGAAUGGGAUCCUGAAGAAGGCAAAGGAAAUCACUGUUCUAUGUGAUGCUCAGGUUUCCCUAAUCAUCUUUGCUGCUUCUGGGAAGAUGCAUGACUAUAUCAGCCCUUCCACCACGUUAAUUGACAUCCUGGAGAGAUACCACAAGACCUCUGGUAAGAGACUCUGGGAUGCCAAGCAUGAGAACCUAAACAGUGAAAUAGAAAGAAUUAAGAAAGAGAAUGACGGCAUGCAAAUUGAACUCAGGCACUUGAAAGGGGAGGAUAUCAACUCACUUAACUACAAGGAGCUGAUGGGCUUAGAGGAAGCCUUAGAAAAUGGUCUCCAAAGUGUCCGAGAAAAACAGAUGGAAGUGUACAGGAUGUUCAGGAGAAAUGACAAGAUCUUGGAGGAGGAAAACAGGGAACUUAAUUUUAUCCUGCAACAACGCGUGGCAGUGAUGGAAGGUGCAAGGGAGAUGGACGAUGGAUUUGAUCAGGGGGUAAGAGAUUUCAAUUCUCAGAUGCCUUUUGCCUUUCGCGUCCAGCCUAUUCAGCCAAAUCUUCAAGAGAGAAUGUAA